GGAAUAUUUCCUGUUUGCCUCAGAACAGGUUCGUGCUGUGCCUGACGAAAAUGCAGGUCUAAGAACAGAGGCGGCAGACUCUUUUCCUCGGUGACAAAAUGGACUCUUUUCAAGGACCUUGCCCUCAUCACAGUGUUCCUGUUGAGAUGGAUGAGAGAAUGACAUCCUCCAAUCUGGACUUGGCCUGGCCCCCGCCUUGUGAACAGUGUAGUGGACAUGCAGAGACCAGUAGGCCGCAGGAACACGGCUAUGAGGGAGGUGAGCGGGCGGCACGCGGUGUUGGCCAGGGGAGACUCCCUGAGAGCCAGAACCACGAGGAACCCAUAGCAGCCUGUCACACCGCCCUGCCUCACUUCACCCUCUCCACGCACUCAGGACAGAUGAACCGCCCCCACCCUGCAGCUGCUUGGCCUCCUGGUCUCAGACAGCCGUAUCAACAGGACCACAUGGUCUACCCCAGUCAAGGCUUUGCGAACCCUUCAAGCUUUCCCCAGGAGCGCUCUGUGGAGGAGGCAGAAAGCUUGGAGCCCCCUUUCCCGCUCAUGUCUGAGGUUAACUGCACCCAGUAUGUCCCACCGCGACACCUCGGAGCACGUAUGCCCGGCCCCGGUCCAGCGCAGGGGAGGUUUCUCAGACAGUGUGCGUGCUGCCCUCCAGCAAAUCUGGCCCAUCUCAAUAAUCAUAAUCGUCAUUAUAAACACGAUUACCCAGCGGAUCCACACCAGGAGCCUCAACACCCUCGACAGUCAUGGAAUCCCCCCCGUAACAGGCUGCAACUUCAAGACGCACCAAUUCCCCCCCGUGGAUCUGCCCCGCAGUGUGUGAACCCUCCUAGAGAUGUGCUGCAUGAGGUCAGUGUGAACCGCUCCUUCCAGGCUGGUCCGGAACUACCAACAAGGGAGAUGAGGAGGACCGUCAGUCUCCCUGAGGAGUGUAGGAAUGUUUUCAUCACAUAUUCUGUGGACACGGCCAAAGAAAUUGUUCCUUUUACAAAAUUUCUGAGCGAUCACGGAUUCGUGCCAGCACUCGACAUGUUCGAUAGCGCAAUCCGAAGAAUGGGCAUCACCAAAUGGAUGGACAGAUUCUUGAAUGAUAAAUCAGUGCUCAUCAUCGUGGUCAUCAGCCCGAUGUACAAGGAGGACGUGGAGGGAGUUGGACAUGAUGAGCAUGGCCUGCACACCAAGUACAUUCACAAUCAGAUCCAAAAUGAGUUCAUUCAACAAGGCUGCCUGAACUUCAGACUGGUGCCAGUGUUGUUUCCUAAUGCAACCAGGGGACAUGUCCCCAACUGGCUCCGGAACACCAGGAUCUACCGCUGGCCCCAGGACACCAUGGACCUGCUGCUGCGCCUGCUCAGAGAGGAGCGCUACAUCAUCCCACAGCGAGGCGGUGACCCCACCAUCACUGUUCGUCCCUUCUGAGAGAAGCUGAAAAGAGCAGACGCUUGUGGAAACUAAGCAGCUCAAUGGGAAUGGCUUGUUUGCUCACCAUGCUGUAGCGUGGCUUGAUGAGGACUGCUAGCACUGCAGCAGAGUGAUGUUUUCCCUCUGUCGCUUUUUUUUUACAUGCAGGUUUGCUGCUUGAGCUGUCAUUAAUAAUUCAUCUGAACAUUGUUUCUAAUCUCACUACAUACUCUGGAGUCCAUUCAGUCUUCUCACAUGAUGAGAACAUUUGAAAUGAGACCCAACACAGAACAUUAAAAAAAGCUCCAUGCACACUGUAAAGCCUGAAGUAUGUCGAGAGAAUAUUUAUACACUUUUACAAUGUUUAAUUAGAAUUCCUGUUGAUGCAUUUUGAGAAGCUAAAUUGAUUGUUUUAAUUUGCCCUGACAUAGCCAGAGGCCACCUGUUAUACACUGGCAGGAGUCAUGUAUAGGGUCUGGCCAAUCAGAGCCCCUGCUGCUGCUUCAUAUAGAGGUAGCACAUAUCUUAUAUUUUUUGCAAUUGAAGCUGAAUUAUUUGUUUGUUUAUUUGCCUCAGGGGCUGUAAACACAACAUUAACAUAUCAUCACUUUAAAAAGUUUCUGUGGUGAAAGUGUUGGCAAACAGUUCCUCUUUUAUUUAGAGCAGACACAUUAGCAUUCAUUUGGAGUCAUAUUUGUGGCCAGCUGAAGAAUUGAAAUCUAUUAUUCACUUUCCAGUUAUUCCCCACAAACUCCUGUCUCUUUAGCUGCUGAAUGCUCCACCAGAUAGCUGCUAACUGUGUCUGCGUGCUGGCUGACAGAGCUGAAGCGCUGCCUGCAGCCAGGCGAUCAUUUGCUGUCAAAAACAUGUUAGAAAUGCAGUUGCACGAACAAAACUUUCCUUUUAUAUUUUAAGACGUCUGAUUUGAAAGAAAACGUAUAAUCAAGCAAAUGACACAGUGGUAGAGCUGAUUAAUUCCUUAGUGUAUUCUCCAGAUUAAACCUGGUGAACGUUAUGAGCAUGACAUAGAGGAAAGGCUCAAAGUAUUCGUCUGGUGUUUUUUGUAUUUGACCAUGAGUAUUACAAAAUACAUGAUAUAACUGGUGUGUAACAAUAUAUACAUAUGUACAUAGUAGGAUGAUAAGUAGUGAUGUAGGCUACCGACAGAGAUUAAAGAUGAUGCAUCCCUCUGUGUCUCAUCUUGCCUGUUGGGGUGCCUAACCAUCGUCUCCACCUCCCACAGGGGCUGGCUUUAUGUCUUUCCCCAGUGUCAUUCCCUCUCAAUAACACGUGUUUUAGCAGGUACCAGACGGAUCCUGUUGAGCAUGAACCACAUCCUGCUUCACCUUUGUCCCACUAGCAGUAUUCUUCAAAGCUGACACUCAUACAAUCAGUCACUGAGUCAUAGCCAAACCUUUGCGUUCAUCGGGCUGGCCCCGCUUCGCUGCGGGCCAGACAUAACCUGACAAGUUUAUAUUUUAUUUUGUAUUAUUAUUCAAUUUGAACAUGUUAUUCAUUAUUUGAGUAGUGGCAGUGGCAUAUUUCAGUCUUCACUGUACACCAGCUGCGUAUUUCGUGGUGAUGCCUAUAGUUAACCACAAGGUGGCAGCAUUUCCCCAAUAAUGACAACACUCCCAGCCUUGGUCACUUCCUCAUGGCAGUAGCUCUAAUAUCCAUUUAGCAUAUGUUAAUGUUAUUAGUGCUAUGUUUUAUAAAUGCAAUUGUUUUGACUGACUGGUGAGGAUAAUUUGGGGGGGGGGUUGUGAUUGUGAUAAAGGAUCUGUAGAGGGGGCACAGGAAGUCUGUCCAUAUGUCGAACACCAACUCCCUGAUAAGCCCUGAACUUCAUCAUUUGUGGCCUGUCAGUGUGCACAGACUAGUUCAACGCUGUAAGCCAGUUUAACAAACCUGACAAAAAAAAUGAUUUACUCACAUCAGUGUGUGAGGGGAACCGUGGUGAUGUC